AUGGCCUCGCAGGACUUCUCUGAAAUAUUGAUCAAAUCAAGAUAUGAUCCAAAUGAUCCAUUAAAGGUAGCCCAGUUUCAGGAGACCGUUUUCGAGUUUAUGAAGCUAGUCAGAGACGACAACCUUGGUGAUCCGAACGGUGCGAAGCUCAUGGACAAAUUCUGCGAGCUCGUCAACGACAAAAAAGUCUGGCACUUAGCUCAGAUGGUUGUACCUGAGUUUCGAUCAACGCGAGAAGAGCAGAUCCAUGAGCACAUUGAGGGAGAGGGAUAUGCGUGCAUGAACCACGUCCUCAACAAGCUUUCCUUUCUCCCGCCACCACGGAAUGACAUGAAUGCCCUGGUCACAGAGCAAGAAAUGGUCGCGCAGAGACACAGGCAGGACGUUGAGUAUUUGGUGACUAGGGGACGAGGCAGACGGGGAGCCACAUCUCGUGAGUUAGAUGAUGUGGAAGAUUCUUGUCGUCAGGUGGAAGGCGAAAUAGAAGCCUCUCUUCGAAUCCAAGAAGAUCAAUUGAGAAGCGAAAACGAGAUCAGAGGUAGAGUACACGAUACAGAAGAGGCAAUCAAAGGUAAGGCCGACAGGAAGAAGAAGGGAGUAGAAGAAACAGAAGAGCUCGAAGAAGAGGAGGAAGAAGAAGAAGAGGAGGAAGAAGAAGAGGAAGAGGAGGAAGAGGAAGAGGAAGAAGAGGAAGAGGGGAAGAAGAGGAAAAGGAGGAGGAGGAGGAAGAGGUAG